AUGGGCGGCGAAAGAACUUAUGAUAUUUACUCGCGACUACUGAAAGACAGAAUUAUUUGCGUUUUUGGUCAGGUUCACGACCAGUUGGCAGCCGCCGUCGUCGCCCAGCUUUUAUUCUUGGCCUCAGACAAGCCCGACCAGCCCAUUAAAAUGUACAUUAAUUCGCCGGGCGGAGUAGUUACGGCCGGAAUGGCGAUUUACGAUUGUAUGCAACUAAUUCCUUGUCCAGUGGAAACUUGGUGUUUGGGCAACGCCGCUUCCAUGGGAUCCCUGCUUUUGACAGCUGGCUCGCCGGGUUGCCGAUAUGCACUGCCAAACGCACAGAUUAUGAUUCAUCAGCCGCUUGGUGGCGCGCAAGGACAAGCUACUGAUAUUCUUAUUGCUGCAAAAAAUAUCGACAGAACGAAGAAGACCCUGACACAGACCUAUGUAACCCACAACGCGAAGGGAAAAACAUAUGAAGAGUUUUUCAAUGCCAUGGAAAGAGAUAAUUUCAUGACAGCCCAGGAAGCCCUCGACUUUGGCAUUAUCGACAAAAUCCCAGAAAUGACCGUUCCCAAGCCCAGACCAGAAUUCCUCGAGGAAGAAUAA